AUGGCCCAUAUAAAACCACUCAAUUCAAUAUUACAAAAAAUUGCCAACGAAGAACUUUUUGAAGUGCCCACAAGAAUAUCAGAAGAUUUGGAUGCCCUGAAAUUAUGGAUUGGCCAGCAACCCCAUCUAAAAUCUCGAACCGAUGAUCAAUUUCUAAUACAAUUUCUACGUGGUUGUAAAUAUAGCCUGGAACGGGCUAAAGAGAAAAUCGAUCGUUAUUAUACACUAAAGACGAAAUUUCCACACAUCUUGGGUAUUUAUGAUGUUGACAAUGAACGGUUUCGUCAAAUCACUCGAUUGGGCUGUAUUGCCCCCCUACCCAUACCUCUAAAUGACACUGGUUGCCGCCUUGUAAUGAAUCAUUUCAAUUAUAAUCCCGAAGAAUGCACCGCAGAAGAAAUGGCACAUGUUGGUAUUGCCAUUUAUGAAUUAUUUACCAUAGAUGAUCCAUAUGCUGGCAUCUGUGGUAUUGUCACCAUAAUUGAUAUGUCCAAAGUGACAAUGGCCCAUGUGCUGCAAGCAAAUCCAAUUUUUCUAAAAACCAUGGUUACAUUUUUUGAAAAAUCUCUACCCUUGCGUAUAAAAGCCAUUUAUUUUGUUAAUAUCCCCAAGAUAGCUUCGAGUUUUUUCAAAUUACUGUUACCAUUGUUUUCGGAAAAGUUACGACAAAGGAUUUUUUUAUAUCCAACCUUGGAGGAGUUGAAAAAAUACAUACCUCUCAAAUACCUACCAGAAUAUUAUGAUGGUGAAAAUGGUUCGAUGGAGGAUCAUAUUCGUGCCCUUGAAUCUAAAUUUGAUGAGUAUCGGCAGUUUUUCAAAGAGAAUGCUAACUAUGGUACAGAUGAAUCUUUGCGUCAAGGUGGCUCUGCUAAUAUUGAUGAAUUAUAUGGAGUUGGUGGAGCAUUUCGAAAGCUAGAAGUAGAUUAA